AGGUACCUGCCCCCUCAGCAGCAUCUCGUGCACUCGAGCGGGAGAGCGAGCCGAGAGGCGAGCAGAGAGGCGUUUCGCCCCCGAUUCCUCUGAGUCCACAGCCUCUCGAGCUCGCAAGGCACUCAGCCCACGACCCCGCAGCUGCAUCUGAUCUUUCAAACUCUUCCUCACCCAAACGGUUUGAAACUAGAAGCUCGCACGGCAACGAUGCAGAAGUUGCAUGCUAAACUUUCGCAGUGGCUGCGAGGGGACUGGCCAACUUGCCGCCCGUGCAGCGAGAACAACAAGGGCCACAAGACGGAGAGACCCAGCCACCGGCACCGUGCAGCGUGCUGCCCGAGAAGAGGGCUCGCACCGAGGGCGAGGCCUUCUCGCCACAGGCUCGGCCCAGACGGUUACGUGGCGGCGCGGACAGAGGGGGUGGAGGGAGGGGGGAGGGAGGAGGAGGAGGAGGAGGAGGAGCAGGACGGACUUGACGCUCGGGCGGGCUGCGCGCAGGCUGCGAGGCGCCCGCCCCUCCUUGAAGUGCCGCCCUCGGGCCUCCCGCCCGCGAGGGGCGCCCCAAGCCGCCCCCCCACGAGGGCGGGCCUGGGGCCCUCACGACAGGCUCAGGCCCCUGGGGACUCGGAGAGGCUCCGAGCCGAGGCGCGGCGUCUCGUACUCGCCGCCCUCGGGCCGGCCGGCCUCGGCCCACGCCGCGCGAAGCGCCGCUCGCGCGCCACUGCCGAGCGGGUUGUUCUGCAACCGGAGCGCCUGCAGGCCGGGCAGGGCCUCAGGGGCCCGGAGGGCCUCCUCCCAGCGCGCCGCGCCCUCGUCCCCAACGCGGUUGCUGGAGAGUCCGAGAAACUGCAGGUUCUGCCUCAGGGGCCCGGAGUGCCGCGGCCAAACGCGCCGCGCCCUCGUCCCCCACGCGGUUGCCGCCGAGGCCGAGCACCUGCAGCCCCGGCAGCGCGCCGAGGGCCGCGGCCAGACGCGCCGCGCCCUCGUCCCCCACGCGGUUUCUGGCGAGGCCGAGCACCCGCAGCUCCGGCAGCGCGCCGAGAGCCGCGGCCAGGCGCGCCGCGCCCUCGUCCCCCACGAGGUUGUCGGCCAUGUGGAGCACCCGCAGCCGCGGCGCGGCGCCAGAGGUGAGCACGGUGGCCAACUGCUCGACCUUCUCGUCCCCAAAGCCGAGUGAUUCAUACACCAGGGCAUCUGCAGACUCGAAGCGUUGAGCGAAAGCUGCGCGGUACAGCUCGGCGACCCUUGGGCCAUCGACCUUGCCGUUCGUGAAGCCCUUGGUCUGGAGCAUCGCGUCGAACGCGUCGGGCAGGACGGGCGCCUUCCGCCCUGCGGCACACGUCUUCACCAGCGAGCCUUGGAAGUUGGCAGUACCCAGUCCCCCAAAAUAGCACGUCUCGUCUCCCGUGAGAAGCCCGAGAUCCACUAAGCAGGCAAAAUUCUUCGUAAGCACGGCCCAAGAAGACUCGCAAAAACACCAGCCGCGAUCAAAAUAUUGCGCAAGAUUGCCAGAUCGGGUAUACAGUGCAGGGUCAUUGUAAUCGUCCGGAAAUCGUGUCAGCAUAAGCACGAUUGUGGCAUGGUGGGAGUAGAAGUUCCCCAGGCUGCCCAAUGCCUCUUGGAACAAAUCGUUCUCACACGCGAAUCGGCCGAUCGCAUCGUCCUCAAAGGAGUCGGAGCCUUCGAGACGUUGAUACGUAUGCCACUGAGGGACCCCUGCGCGGUCUCUGCAAUUUUGGUGGAUGCAACAGAGAUCCAUAAAUACUGCCCAACUGCCCGUAAAAUUAGGGAAGGGAUCGACGGAAAGCAGCUGCAAUGCCCGACCUAAGAUACGCAGAUUAUGCCCGCGUGGGUCCGGGUGAUUCGCCUGCAACCAGCAAUGCGAAAUACAAGCGGCAUGCAGCAGCGGCACUUGGCCCUCACCAGUGUCAGCCGUGGCGGCCUUGAUCCUGCUGUGGGCCAUGAACGCAUUCGGCGGCAAGGCCUGGCGCGGCCCGAGGGUUCCGCCGGAGCCCGCUAGCUCCAUCACCCACUCUGCGUCCACCAGCACCACGGCUCCGCUGCGGAGCACGGGGUCGAGCUCAAGGCCGCCGAACUUCUCCCACAGCUCUUGCUUCCUCUCCGUUACAUUCACCUCCUCCAGUUCUGGAAUGUGCGGCAGCUGCCGCCCCCCGGCCUCGUCGGGCUCUGGCGCGGGGACCUCCGCGCUCUCCGGCGGCGCGUGCGGCACCUGCGCCCUGGCGUCGGCCAGUGCAGCCACCACGCGGCGAAGCUCGGUCCGGGCUGCGUCCAUGCUGGCGAUGUGUGCGCUCACGCGCUCCUCGGCGGCUCUCAGCGACGCGCCAAUCGCCUCGACCUGCUGCAGACGCUCCAGCUGCUGGAGCCGCGCAGCGAGCUUCACAACCAAGCCGUACUCCCCGUUGUCCACCGCCUGCUUUGCGAAGUCCUUCAGCGCGGCCUCCUGCGCAGCCAGCGCGCCACCCUCGCGCGCGGACAUGCUGCAUGCGCGGAGGCCGAGUAGGACAGCCGCAGCGCCGCUCGCGAAGGCGUGCGAAGCGGGUCGUGAUGGACUGGCGAAUCGUUGCUCUCGAACCGGGCUGCU